UCCUAGCGUAGCGCCUCUCCAAGCAUGCCACGCGCGGGAUUAUACCUGACAGACCUAGAAUGGCUAGGCGUUCGAAUAAACGUCCGAAACCGUACGAGAAUUGAUGCAAUUGGUGCACGUCGCCAAACUCGUGCGAGAAUGCUCUGUAUCGCCUGCGCCCGUCUUUGCUCGCCACCGUCCUCUCGUCUUUCCCCGUAGGCUUGCGGACUCCGGUCUUUACUGGCGUUAUCACUCUUCAAGUGGCCUGCUCGUCGUGCAGACCUCCCCCCAGGCCAGCCAAGGACCGCGCUGCCUCCUCAGUUGCGACGAUAUUCACGAUGCGAUACUUCAUAAUAAUCCCCUCGCUGCUCCUAUUUGCGCGUAAUGUAAGAGCAGGAUGCUACUUCCCAGACGGUACCUUGGACAAGAACGUAGAAUACCAGCCAUGCUCUGAGGACUCGUCGAACCCUCUGUCAACGAUCUGCUGCGCGACAAACAGGAAGGACGGCGCGGAUAUAUGCGCGCCGAACGGGCUGUGCCAGGUGGGCACGAAGAAGGGGAGUCCGCCAGCGGACGCGGCGUGGACGAAGCCGAGCUGUACGAAUCAGGACUGGAGUGAGGAUGGGUGUUUGCAUGUUUGUGGUACCGACAAAUACCCCUUCCUCACGCCCUGCAACCGCGCUGCCGGAAACGAGUCGCAACGCUGGUGCUGCGGAAUGACGCAGGAUUGCUGCAACGACGACUCUGGCCGCCUGAGCAUCGAGUACCUACCCAUCACCUUCGACCCCAAGAACUUCACCGACACCGCGCCUUCCUCCUCGUCGUCAGCAUCGUCCAAACCAACGUCCUCCGCGACGAAAGCAUCCCCUUCAUCCACCGAUCAGUCCACGUCAACAUCCGCACCACACUCCACAACACCCGCGGCAUCCUCCACCCAUUCCCCGAACUCCACACCCACACCCGCACCACCGCCCUCUGCGGGCUUGUCUACCGGCGCAAAAGCAGGCCUCGGCAUCGGCAUCACGCUUGCAGCCCUCGCCUUCCUCGGGCUGGGCAUUUUGUGGGGCCGCCGGCGUAGCACCCGCAAAGAACCGGCGUACAAGCUCGACCCUGCGUUCGAGGGCGACGCCGCGCCGCUGGAGAAGUACGCGCACUGGGACCAUUCGAUGGGCGGGACGUCGGUGGGUGGGGGGAGUCAUCAGGGGGACGGAGCGCCGCCUGCGACGCCGAGGAGGGCUGAUGACGAGAUGCAGAUCCAGGUGCACGAGAUGCCGGUGUGGGAGAGUCGGGGGGAGCUGGAUGGGAAGGAGGUUGGGAAUAAGGGCCUGGGUAAGGAUACGUAUGCGUAGGGGGCGUGGGGAUGGGAGUGCAUAGGGUGCGUGACUGGGAUCGAGAUUUGAUACGCAGCUAGGUGUGGAUGGAUGGGAUUUGUGAGGGAUAGCUUCGCGUGUUGGUGCGUAGGACAGCUAGCCUGAUCGUUUUAUAUGGUGU